GCACACUCCAGGCUGCAUUCACUCUCUGAGUCUGCAGGCUCUGAGAGCCACCUCUGGAUUUCAAGCGCAUUUUCCUCGUCUGCGCGUAGGGUCGGUUGACGUCGCUCUGCAACAAACGGCAAUUUUUUUUGUAUAUAUGUCCAACAACUGCGCUUCUAAUAGCCCACAUUCUUUGGGACUAUCCGCCUCCAGAGCCUCUGUCGCCCUCCACGACUCCUCAGCUUGCAUCGAAACGCCGAAAAGCAACGACGCUCACAUGCACCAAGAGAAGCGCAUUGGAGAGGGAGGAUUAAUAGAUUGAUAGAACAGAAAGGAAGAGGAGGGGGGAAAGCCCGACUGGCCGCUGAACCCGGAGCAGCGCUGACAACAAAAAUCUGACCUCGACCUCCUCGGACGGUAGGAAACCGGUUGUUGAAAUGGAGACAGCGAGGUUUUCUAUCAGCCCAUCUCCUCCACACACACACACGCUGCCGAGGCUGAUGGUGAUGAUGAUGAUGUUUGCGUAGGAGUGUUUUAUUUAGCGGCCAGCGUCGGGUAACCAGUCUGUGCGGUCCAAACAACUCCAGACAAACGGUGGAUGGAACUGAGCGUUGCUCCAAACACAUCAGGAAAAUAUUUUUUUUCAUCAUUACGGGAGCAACAUUUUCUUAUAUUUUUUCAGUUUUUUAUUUUUUUAUUUUUACCGCGGAGUGUGGAAUUUGGCAGCAAAUGUUUUGCACGCGUAUCACAAGAGUUUGCGUGACGAACAAGUCUGCAGACAAAGAAUAUUGAAAUUUAACCUUUUUUUAUUUGACAACUAAAGAGGAUCGGGGCGAAUCGGGUUUAGAUUUCUGAUCAGAAUCCUUCUCUACUUUGACAGCAGGCUCUUCGGCGUUUAGCUCUUUACUUUAUUCUGAACUUGGGUCUUUUUUUUCCUUUUUUUUAUUUAGUUUUUAACCCUCAUUGGCCUAAUUAUUUGGCGACCAAAGUCCAUGUAAACUACAACCAGCCGAGGUCCCGACCUGAGCUCCGAGGAGCCACCACUACCCUAGAUGUGACCCGACGAAUUCCUCUUAUCUCUGAAGGGUGUUGAUGGAGAGCCAUUCGAAUGACAGCCGGGACAGUGGUCAUCACUGGUGGAAUUCUAGCUACAGUUAUAUUACUCCUUAUCAUCGCAGUACUGUGCUACUGUAGGCUGCAGUAUUAUUGCUGCAAAAAGGAAGAGUCUGAGUCGGAGGAGGAGGAGCCAGACUUCGCCGUCACGUCCCGCCUCCCGCCGGUCCAUUCCAACCACAACAUCGUGGCGGCAACGGCCGCCGCCUCCUCCUCCAUCCCAAAUGGCCCCGGCCUCUUCUCCACCCCUCCGCUGGCCAGGAAACUGACCCGCUCGCAGACCUUCUGUCCGUCCUGCACGCACUAUGAGCUGCCUUUCUACCUCCAGCCGCCUCAGCCGCAGCUCCACCACCAACCAGAUGGGUUGAGGAACGGGGGCGACCGCAUCAGCUACCGCAGCGUCCAGCAGCAGGAUCUGGACCUGCCAGUGCCUGUAAACAUUUCAAACUACCGCAAGCCAAACCUCGCCCGGUCGGUUACCAUGAGGGACAUGUUCACACGCAGCUGUAGCAUCAGCACUGAUGUUUAGCUGGGUGAACUUCUCGUAAGUUCACGCUUACAGAAGCUGGGAUGACCUAGGCCAGACUGUGUUGAUUAGUUUAGUUGGAUCUGGUCUCUUCUCAUUCUACUAAUCACCUGUUGCAGAAUGGAGGACUCAGAUGGCUCUCAGGACAGUUUAUUCAAAGGUACUAUGCUCAGGUCCAUGACCUUACACUUGGGCCAAUAUACACUAUUUUAAAGUAUUUAAAAUGUCAAAUUAUCGACCACAUAAACUUGUUUCGUUUUGAAUAUUUCUUUCUUUUUUUAACAAAGAGAAUGGAAUCUGUUCCAUCUGUACGAUUUGAUAAAGUCUGUGUAGCCCCACUUCCUCUGUAUACCUACGGCCUGAAUGACAGAUUUCUGUCCAAAUGACAUAAUCAGGAGGGAUUUUUUUAUUUUCUUCCGUAUCUGCUACAAAAAAAAAAAAAAAAAAAUAUGAUUUUGAUAUUUUGAGGUCUGAUGUUUCCCUUCCCUGUGAUGUGGAUGUAUCUGCUUCUCUGUCCACAGAUUAUAGAGAUUAUAAAAAUAUCACUCGCGAUCAGUGGCGAGGGCGAAAGGCGGAGCCGUGUUUUAGCUGCCACCCACAGAUAUUUUACGUAGGCCAUAAUAUUUUUAGACAUAAAGGGCUCACCGAAGAUGUAAAAACCCAGCUUCUUUCCACAUCCUUUCAUAGAGAUUUCCCGUUUGAUGGGAGGCUGCUUUCUCUUGCAGACAAAACAGAAUACGUACAUGUACAGUGUUGGACACUGCAGAGGAGAAAGUGCUCGUGCAGGCUGGGUGGACUAGGUGCCAAAGGGGGCUGGGUUCUUGCGUUUGUGUGCAUAUAAAGUAUGUGAGUGUACUGGCAUGCAGGUGUGUGUGUGUGUGUAUCUCGAUUUAUUGUUCUAUCAAAAUUUUUAUUCAGUAUUACCAAACACAAUCUGUCAUCCCUAUGUAUAAUAAACCCAGAGAUGGGUUGCAAUAACACUUUAUUUGAAAGGGCGAAGGGAUUGUAUUAUUUUCCAUGCGCAACUUUACCCUAAAUUCAUAAUAAUGCAAAGAAUGACCCAGACGAUUAUAUGACAAAAUGGAUUCGCAAUUGUUUGAAUAUUUUGUGAAUGUUUAGUUCACUGAUUAAUUCUGUAGUGCAGACUCAAGUUGUAGGUGGCAGCCAGAGACGUUUUUAGGGCAACGCAUACUUUUUGGUGUAAUCUCCUCUUCACUGAAGUUUCGGUUUGUGGAUUUUCACUGCAUUCCUUGUGUUGUCUCUGAUUUGUAUGAUUUCUUUGGCUAAAGAUUCACCUUAAAGGCACAUCUAUAAAUAUUCAACAGGCCAUAACGUGCACCGUCUCUUCUCUCGACUCGUUGGACUGAGGAAGAUGUGCUCUUUGCUCUGAGGUACUCGGAGAGUUCCUUUCUGGGAUUGUUUUUAUUGUCUGCGCUCGGCUGACCGGCCUGGCUGGAGGGCUGAUAUUUUGACUGGAGACGCAGUCCCUGGAUUUUACGGACAGAGGACACGCUGUUAAUUAAUGAGUGGAAUUAUUUACUGCUUGAUUUCAAAAAAAGGGGGGAGUGUUUCUGGUUGUCUGAGGGGCUCGAAGCUGAUUGGAUUGUCCAUCUCGGAUCCCCCACCCUCUCUCUCAAAUGGAUGGUAAACGCUGUUGUGCCCUCCUCCUUUCUCUCUCUCUCUGUCUCUCUCUCUCUCUGUUGAUUUUAUCAGCGACCAUGCUCAUUUCUUUUCCCUAAUGGUGAAACGGUGAGUAAUUCUGUUUUACAUUUUGCCUCUUGUGACAUGUGCUUUCCUGCAAAUACACUACGCUGCAGUACACACAGAGACACACACACACACACACACAUUUGUAAAUCUAACUUUGUGGGGCACUCGUUGACGUGACGCAUUCUCAGAGCCUGUUACCUAAACUUAAACCACCAAAUGCUUAGCCCCAACCUUUGAAGGUGAGGACUGGCCAUAAUGUCCUCAGUGUCAAGGUCUGAAACUACAACCGGUCCUCACAAAGGUAGCCAUAUACGCAUACACAUGCGCAGACACAUACACACACACACACAAUAGUUUUCAUUGUUCUUACUUUUAAAACAGAAAUGUGACAGUUACACAGGAAAUCUAGUGCCAUAUAGAAUCAUAGGUUGAAAAAUGAUUAUUGUUAUUAUUAUUAUUACAAGUGUAUAUUCAAAUGCAGUGUUGCUUUUACCUUAAAGUAUUUGAAUUACUUGCUUUAUUUUAUGAUCCAGCUGGUUUUUCAGACUCCAGUCCAGUACAGCAGAAAUGUUUCUGUCCUUGUUUCUAAUAUAUAACUAACAGACACAUUGUUGCUAAUAAAAUGGUGUUUAAAA